AUCUCAUCCACUCAAAAUUCAGCAUUAAUAUUCCUUACCCCCCAACUAGAGAAAUUUGCAAGCAAAAAUGGCUUCGAUUAGCUGCAGCACAUUCAUCCUCUUGGUAAUUGCUUCUCUGUUGGCAGUAACUCAGGCCAAUACUGUCGUCGUCGGAGGAUCAGAAAACUGGCGCUAUGGCUUCAACUACACCGACUGGGCCAUCAAGAAUAGCCCCUUCUACAUUCAUGACACUCUAGUGUUCAAGUAUGAAUCACCUCACAAUGUCUACUUGCUGCCGAACCUGUGGAGCUACCUUACCUGCGACUUCAGCAAAGCAAAGCUGUUAGCGAAUCCAAAACAAGGAAGAAAGGAUGGGUUUGCCGUUGUCAUAAACCAAUGGAGACCGUACUACUUUGCUUCCGGCCAAGGCGACGACUGCAAGAUUGGGAUGAUGAAGUUUGUCGCAGUGCCAUGGCCGCGUUUGACUCAUUGAUAGAGAAGAGAAACAGUGUCGAUGCCUAUUCUGCCGCACUAUAAACAGUAACAGUGUUCCGUUGCUUUAGUUGGAAGAUACAAAUAUUAAAUCAUUUAGGAGGGACAUGAUUGAAUGAAUAAAAAACAAAGGGGUCAAAAAAUAAAUGCUAUUAAAUUUA